UGCCUGUGGUAUUUGUGUGCCAGGCUGUUGCAUGCCUUCAGCGCUCAGACUUUGGUAGAGGCAGAGCUCGGCGUGUGACGAAUGGUGGGAAAUGCAAGCCCCCCACCGCCCCUGCACUGCACCUUUCUUUAGGAUUCUUCUUUAGUACUCUCAACAUGUAGUCUUGACAUCAUGGGAAAAAGAGCUACUGAAACCACAGUGGGAACAAACAGCACAUGCAUCUCAUUUCUGUGAUGCCUGGAUCCACACAGUGGUAUGAUAAGCUAGGAAAGGAGUUCUGUUUAAAAGGUUAGAGUAGUAUUUUAUGUUUUAAUAAAACAAAUUGCCAGUUUUGGAAUCAGCAAGUUUUAGUCUACAUUUUAGAUAAUAAAGGGGAAACUGUUAUUAUAGUGCCAGUGUCUGAAGCAUAAAAACAUACGAGAAAUCGGGCAGAUUUGUUGCCAAGCAUGUGGCGUUCUAUUUACAUAUAGGGAAAAAAAAAGGUGUUUCUUAUUUUUGUUUAUUACAGUGUCAUUUGAGCAAUAGCGCUAAUUUCAGAUUCACAGAGUGCGUCGCAUUAUCGGAGGGUGACAGGUUUUAACCGGCGUGCCUCGAGCAGAGGAUAAGUGAGGAGGGGAAAGAGCAAGUGCUUUAUAGGGGGAGAGGGAGGGUGGGAGGGAGUGAGGACAAGCGGGUAGGAGGCUUGGAGAGGGAGAGAGAGAGCGAGAGAGAGAGCGAGAGAGAGAGCGAGACAGAGAGAGCGGGUGGGCGCUGUGAAAUCCGUUAACAGGGGAGCUCUGUGCAUUUGUUAGACGUCUUGGCUGCUUGCCCAACUUGGCUCAUUGUAAUCAAGGCAUGAUCGUCGACUCCAGCCAGCCCUCUCUGCCGCCACGGCUGCCUUGCGCCUGGACCCAGCCCAGCUCCCAGCGCUGACAUGGAAAGACCAGUGGCAGGAUCGCCGGGUAGGAGGCGGGGGGGAGCCUUGGCAGCUUUCUCCCUACAGGCCGCUUCCUCCCCCUUCUGCCCGCCUGUCCGGGCAUGGAUGCCAUCCGCUGGCAGGGUCUGUGUGCCGUUUGAUCGUGCGAGGGUGUUAGCUGUGCUGCUGCAGUAUCACAGGUCUCCAGGAGCCAGAGGUUUGCCAUUUCUGCAAAGAUUCUCCCCACUUUUUGGUUCGUCGAAGCCGGCGAUCGCUUCACUCUCCGCCAUUGGCCUCCCUGAGAAUCGGAGUCGACAGCGAGUCUCUCUGUUGCGCCUAUUCUUGGUGACCCCCGGUGACAUGAUGCCCAAGAGGGAUCAUGAGAAGGACCUGGAGCUGGACAAGAAGAUUGAGGCUCUCCGCAGGAAGAAUGAAGCUCUCAUGAAGAGGUACAAGGAGGUGGAGGAGGACAGGAAAAGAGCAGAAGAGGAAGGAAUGGCACUGCAGAGCCGGAAGGGCAAAGCCGAUGAUCUUACCAUCACAAUCAGCAAGUCCACUAGUGAUAGUCGUGUGGUGGUGACAAAGCCAUUCAGUGGCGGUUCACCAGCUGGGAAGGGACAGCAGGAAGCCGGACCUGACAGAGGGGGAGAGGCUCCUCCACAGACUGCUGGCCGAGGACACAGGAAGCAGCUAACGGUCACCAUGGCUGGCAAAAAGGGUAAGAGGGUGGUGAGUGAGAGGCCUGAGAAGAGGCUGGGCCCUGUGGACGUCAAGAGCCCCGCCGAUGAUGGACAGGCGAGGCGUGUGGAGUCAGCGGGGAGGGCGAAGCAGCCAUCUCACGUGACCAAGAGAGACUCAGCACCACAGGAUGAGGUCAAACAGGGGCAGAAGCACACUGAGGAGUAUCACGAGGUGUCAGAGCAAUGCCAGGAUAUCGAGAACCUGCAGGCCAUCACAGACCUCAACGUCCCCACAUCGAGAGAGGAGCAGGAGGAAUAUUUAAGGUGGAAGAAGGAGCGUGAGCAGAUUGACAGGGAGAGGGUGGCACGCCAUAAAAAUGCCAAGGGCCAGUGGAGACGAGCGUGGGACAUGGAUAAAACUGACAAUAUGUUUUCAGACAAAUCCCUCUCUGACAGAGACUGGGGGCCUUCCAGCAGAGGGGGAAGAAAUGCUAGAAGAGGACCCAGGGCAGGCAGCGAUUCAAAAGCUCAUGACAAGCGAGGCAAAGACAAGGGAGCCAAAAACGUGCAAGUGAUGAGCAGUAAAGCAAAAGGCAAAGAUCGCCUGACUGGGCGGGCCAGAAGAUGGCAGGCAAAUGAUGAUGGAGAGAACCUACAGAUGCCUGAGACGACACUGGAGGAAUUCCUUGAGGAACUUGAUGCCCUCACAGAUGCUAAUGCAGACAAGCUGAAAGAUCAGGACGCAAAAACAAAGCAGUCACCGAGCCUGGAUUCACUGAACACGCCCGAGGAAGCGAGUGAAUCAGCAGCCUCGGUGUCAGCUGCUUUCCUUAGAGAGGACACCCCGACUCAGGAGAAGGCAGAGGCUUCGUCCUCUCGGGGUUUGGAGAAGAAAGUGCGCUUCUCUGAGGAACUCAUCCAGGGGGCUCAUGCAAGGCAAACCACGGGCUCUCAAGAGUCAGAAUCCAGAGGUCCCAGAUCUUUGAAAGCUUCCUCACCUAAAAAGAACAAGCAUGAAAUGCAGAGGCCAUGUCAGCCUCUUGAAAGUGCCAAGCAGGAUGAUGGGAGUCUUCAGGAUAAAGGAGGUGGUCCAGCUGCACCUUCUUUUGCACAGCAGCAGGGAUCUGAAACUGAUUGCACUAAAAAGGACAGCAGCCCACCCACAGCUCCCAGCUCCCCCCCUGCUGAAAAAGCCUGCACCCCUCUACAUGAGAUCCAGCCCGUGGAGCUUCCCAAGUGCAACAUCAGCAACACAAACACGGAAGAACUGAUAGACUCUGGUCUGUCUGUUCUGAGCCUGGAGUCUGGAGAAACACACCCAACACACUCCACCAGCAGUGACAAGGCACGAGAACAUGGGAAAAUUGUGUAACGGAUGUUUUCUGGAUAUAAACACUGAAACCAAAACACAGCAUUUGGAUGCAUUAUUUUUGCUUCAAAGUAGCUCGUUUGCAAUACUGUUUAUAGCUUACAGGCAAAACUGUGGUUUAAUUUUGCUGUGGGAGCUGAAUUUUUGUCUCAAAUUUGACACAUGAAUGGUGAGACGCCUUUUUCCCGCUCGAUUAUUAUUAGUAUUUUUUUUAUAUAUAUAUAUAUAUAUUUUUUUUUUUACAUCCGAGCACUUUAUGUGUACAAAAACAUGUGUACUGACAUCUUUCUGUAUGGAAGUACGCUGCUUGAGUGCAAUAUCACUGAAUGUUUACACAUUUGUAUGAAAAUGUUGAGGUACAUAUCAGGAGGCUAGCUAAUCGGUUAAAUUUAGAUAGCCCUUGACAUUAAACCAAGCCACAGUCUAAUUACUUAGUGCCUGAUUCUGCCUUAGAGGUAUAUUUUUUAAUUUAUUUAGCUUAUUUAGCAGGGACGAUGCACAAUAAAUAUAUUGUACCGGAUAUAGCUAAAAGCUACUUUUCAGCUGUAGUCCCUGAGUAACUUUUCAGUAACUGAAUAAAGAUUGUAAUAUAUGACGAUACAUAGUUGCAGACCUCCAGUAGAGUUUUUAUUUCUACAUUUAAAAGUAGUAGACGAAUAGAUAUUAUUUAUUAACUGCUUCCAGCAUCCAUAAAUAGCCUUUGAGAAGUAUGAAAUCGGUAUACUGUUAAAACGCACAUUUGAACCCUAAUGUCUUUGGCCAGUGACCAAGACAGUCCAAAGUUUACAAAAUGUUACUACUGACAUGCUGUAAAUGUUUCUGCUAUUAAGAACAUUGAAAGGAGCACGCCACUGAUUUUUGAUAUCAAGACAGGAGCCUGAUGAUGUCAUACUCUGGUUAAGAUUAUCUGAAUUUGGGGAUCAAAUUCAGUCAUGAAACCUCACAACUCUGCCCAUAAGUGAGUGACAGAAACCUACCUGAUUUAAAUUUGGCCUUUUUACUUAUCAAGGUUGUCUCCUUGUGCAGCUCUGAGCCACAUCCACCGUGCCUGCUAUUUUUACAUUGCUUUGUGGUCCGACUACUUUUCACCGGGGAAAAUAGAGGAAGUAUACAUUUCUGUGUCACACUGUGGGGGGGAUAAGCACUGGGGAACUGGAUCUAUGUCCCAGAGAGCAAAGGGUAGCCUGAAAAAGAAAAGAUCUACCCUGUCAGAGCCUUAAGACAGGACAUCCAGAACGUGCUCGUUUCUUCUUUCUUUCACAGUCAUGAGUGUUGUGCACCAUGAAUAUGUCCCCCACACUCAGACAAUUGGCACAGAGUUCUACUGUAACAUCCCGAGGCGUCAGAAGUAAAACAUUCAGUCCAAACCACUGGAACUUGGAUCAGAUGGCGCCCUGAAAAUGCCUUUCUUUUUCUAAAAGCCUGAACUCAAUUUAAAAAAAAUAAAUAAAAAAAGCAGCCACGCUGGAGUAACUUGCAGCGCUGCCCAAGGAGGCUACCUAGAAGAGCAAAUUUGCCCGUUCGAGCUUGUAGUGUUUAAUGCAGAAAUAAAUGCGAUCCAGUUGUAAGAUGACAUAACUCACUAGUGUACUCCUUUAUUGUUAAAAUAAACAGCCAGCUGAUGGCAAAGCAUAACACAUUUGAAAACAUUUGGAUGUUUAAAUAUUGAUUUAUAAUACUGCAGAGUUGAAACCUUGCACACUAUUGUUGUGUUCCCUAAAGCACAGUUUUACAGCUGAAUCCCGAUGAUCCGGUCUUCCUCACACUCUUCUUAUGUUAUGGUUUCCAGGCACUUAAUUUGGGAUUGUAAUGUACUAUGUUAGCUGAUUCUAAACAGUGUACAAAUUCUGGUCUUUGGGCCCCUGUGAGUGGGGAAAAAAUAUCAUUCAAGCAUUUUGAGUUAGGGUGAAUUGAGAAUGCCGGGAUUCAGCUGUAAUUCCCUUUUGUAUUAUUUGUUCUGUAUUAUGUUUGUGAAAGAGAGCCUAAUAUCUUUUGAAAUGCUUCCCUUGAUUAAUAUCUUAGCCAGUUGUUGUGCCUUGCAUAUUGGCUUCUUCAGCUAUUGAAGGUGUACUUUAAUUUAUGGUUUGUAUAUUAACUGCCUCAUUUAUUUUAUUUAUUUGCCUAUCCAUUUUGGACAGCAGAAUGUUACCAAGUAAAUCUCAAGCUGUGUUUCUCUCUGAGUUGUAUUUUUUUUUUUCUCCUUUUUAGAAUUUAUUGCCAGCCUUUGAUGCUAUUUUGGUAAGAAGCGACAGUUAUAUUAAGACGCCUUAAAGGAGCUCUGUCCUCAAAGAAGUUUUUGGCUUUCGUCAAUGCCACCGUGUAGUAAACAGUUAUGUAACUGUAAGUGGAAAACACAGCGGACAUGCUCUGAGCUGCAGUCUUGUCUGUGUCUACGGAGGUUACAUAAAAUCAAAAAAGCAAGAAGCAAGCCACAAUGUUUGAAGCCAGUCCAUCCGUUAAGAAAAAAGGGGCCUUAUUCUGUAUUAUAUGUGGAUAGCAAUCUAUCAGUAGAAGGAAACAUCUGUGUGAAAAACAGGUCACUGAUUCCCUUUGAAGUAUUUUUUAAAUCUCCCUGUGGGAUUUCAUGUAGUGGAAGAAAAUCAAUCAUAGAGCAUUUUAUAUGUGAGUGUUUAGUCCUUGUUCAUUCAGUUUGUUUAACAUCUGCACUGUCACCUUCCUUAAAUGUCAAGUUUCUGAGGUGAGAUAAGUUGAUUGGCGGGGCGUGUGCAAGUACCCCCCACGUGUGUUCACGCACUGUUGUAAUUAGAUGUGCCUGUGUAUGCGUGUGUGCUGCAUUUCGAGGUGUGAUCCCAGCCUUUUUGCUGCUCAGAGUACUCACUCUAGAUUGAGUCCAUGUGCAACAUGACUUCAUUUGCUGAACCGCUCGGAACGAAGCAUACGCCACAUGAAUAAAGAUUUUCUGUGUUUCAAA